GUCAGAACGGCCGAGUGUUCCUGGUGGACGGUCGCCCCCUGGACCGUUCCAACUGGAUGCGCUACGUUAACUGUGCUCCAGAGCAAAGUCAGCAGAACCUGGCGGCGUUCGUGCGCCAGGGAGCCGUAUACUACAGAACGUGCAAAGUGGUGAACGCCGCAGAGGAGCUGUUCGUGUGGUACGGUGACGAUUUCGCCAAGCAGCUGGGUCUCAUCGGCAAGGCAGGGGCACAAGACCAAGCGGCCGAGGUGGACGUCGCUGCUGCACCUGAGGUCUUCUCCUGUGAGGAAUGUGACGAUCAGUUCACCGUGAAGGAGUUGCUGGACAACCACCGGCGACGCAAGCACAUGCAAAGGCCCCAAGGAAAGCACCAAUGCGUCCACUGCCCCUACUCCAGCAACAAGAGGAACCAUGUCGCCAGCCACGAGAGGAUACAUACGGGCGAGCGGCCGUUUGUGUGCCACGUCUGCGACAGAGGAUUCAACCUGCGACAACACCUCAACAGCCACCUGCUUGUGCACACGAAGGAAAAGCCGUACGAGUGCCCAGACUGCGGCCAGCGAUUCACACAGGCGUCAAGCAUGGCGCGUCACCGGAGGGCGCAGCACUCGGGCGACCGCGCUCGACGGCACGCGUGCCCCGAGUGCGGUAAAGGGUUCACGCGUAGGUCUCAUCUCACAACACACCUGCUGACCCACACGGGGGAGAAGCGGCACGCCUGCUCGGAGUGCGGGGAGAGAUUCACUCAGCGCAGCGCUGCCAGGAAGCACGAACAGGUCGUCCACCGCCGCCAGUACCCGCUUCACUGCCCGCACUGCGGCAAGGGGCUUCAGACCAUAACAAAACUGAGAAGCCACGUGCGCGCUCGUCACAACGACGAAUACGACGACGACCAGUAGUAGGACGGCAGAAGACAUUGCGCGAAACAAG